GAGCAGGUUAUAACUAACUACAGCUCAGAAAGUAUUAUAGAAUAGAAUGUCUCCUUGUGUGUGUGUGCAUGUUCAAGUUUUUUCCAGGUCAAUUUAUACGCUUAUUGUGUUGCAUGACGUUUUACACGCAGGUUUAGCCAGAUUCUUUUUUGUAUUUACUUAUUUUGUUGUUGAGGUAUAUAAACACGGAAAGAGAUACUUUUGAUUACACGAUAAAAGGUUAGGAAGUAAGUAAAAGUAAAAUCAACAUAUCUCUGGUUUUAGCUUGAUUGAAUAUCUCACUGUCAACCGUUUCAUUUUUUGUUUGCUUCAGAAAUUUCAAAUGGAAGUCAAAGAUAAUGUAUAAAAAAAAACAAUGAAAAGCAUUUUUGUGGUAGUAUAUGUUAGUACUCUAUUUGUAUAUGGUGACGGAUGUGGAACAAGCACGCAUAUCAGCAUUGCGCAUGAAGCAUCAACAUUUUUUAAAAGUCCACCAAAUUUAAACGUUAAUUAUGCAGAUUUGAUACGAAAACAUCAAGAUGCGUUUGUUGCUGGAAACCCGUAUCCAGAUGCAAUGUAUCCUUACAUUUGUUUUGGCGGAAAGUACAAUCAAGUUGCAGAAGAUACGCAUUGGGCACCUUUUUUAAAUGCAAGUAUCAACUACAUCAGAAAGAAUUAUCCUCAACCAUGGGAUGAGGAAACGGAAAAGCUUGUGGCAUUCGUAUUUGGCUUUGUAUCACAUCAAGUAGCAGAUGUUACGUGGCAUAGUUUAGGUAUCAGACAGGGAUUCUUGCGCACAAUGGCUAAAGAAAAUUUUCAUGAUGUUUAUGAUACUGCACACACUGAUGGUGAUGUUGGCGGUGAUAUGCUCACGCAAUUUGGAAAAGAUGAUAAACCGAUUGGCGUUUUCAAAUGGUAUGUUCCAGUAACUGACUUACACAAUAUUUAUAAAGAGUAUUACCAUGGAAAUUUUACAGUCCCGAAAAUCGUGAUUGAGUUAUGCAAUAAAUUGCUAUAUAUCGAGUAUAUCGCUGAACGUUUUGGUGGGGCAGAAAUUUUCAAGCCUUUUGUGAAGAAAUCUCCAUUUUUGCUAAAUCGAUUGCAUGAUUAUUUUUUAGGUGGCAUUCAUGACAUGGCUUCUUGGACAACUUUAAUAUGGAAUGAGACUGCUUACAUGUUUGAACAUGGGACAAAAAAUUGUAACUUAACCGACAACUCAGUAUUUAUAAAGUGUACAAACAAAACUCAUUCAGAAGAAUCACGUGGAAAACGUGAAAAAAACCCUGGACGUUCAUACUCAUUGUUAACUGGAGGAUGGAAUGAUUCUGACGUAGCUACUGUAAAAACACGACGAGGUGUUUACCUUUACCCUGGUAAAACGAUGGAGAAGUUUAUUUUUAAUAAAAUGGGUGAAAAAAACAAAGAAAGGAUUACAAACUUGCAUAGCAACAACUUAAAAUUGCCAGACUGGUUUUUUAAAUGUCCGUAUGCUAAUACUGGAAGAUCUUUAACGGUUAUUAAAAUCAAGGAUAAGUCUCAUCUUGUAAUCAGUGCUCCUAAUUAUGGAGAGGAAGGACAGCCUCAGCUCGGCAUUGUGUACAUUGUUCCAUUUUCUAAAUCAUCACAAAGAUUUGAAUAUAACAAUGAAGGCAUUGUAGUUUUAAAAGGGCCAUCAAGAAUGAGUAAAUUUGGAUGGUCGGUUGUCUCAAUGUUGUUUAAUGAUGAUGAAUACGAAGAUCUUGUUGUGUCAGCACCUGUGCUAGGUGCUCAGAAACUGCAGUAUUAUGGCAAAAUAUUUAUUUACUUCGGUUCAAAACAUGGUUUGUCAUCUAUACCAAAUAGGACGUUGAAUUAUUUCAACCAGUCUAAAUAUACAAAUUUUGGACAUCAGUUAACUCAGUGUCGAAAAAGCUUGCUCGUGAGUACACCCUUUGAUUCUCAGCAAAAAGGUAUUUUGCAAGAAAUCAAUGGAAACAAUGGUGGUGGUGAUCAUAUGGUGAUGUCAGGUUGGCAAGACUAUAGCUGGUUUGGUUACUCUUCAGAAUGUGCAACAGUGUCGAAAGAAAAUAUAACAUUGGUAGGCUCACCAACAUAUAGAAAAUGCUAUUUUCAAAAUUGCACAUACACAAAAGAAGAUCUGCAAAGCAUUGGUGCUGUUUAUGUGUUUAUAAACAACAAGAAGUAUUUGGAGAUUGAAGGAGAUGCAAAUUUUGGGGAAUUUGGCUCCUCGAUAGCCGUUGGUCAUCCAUACGGUGAUGGAAGUGCUAUUUUAGCCGUCAGCUCACCAGGAAAAGAUAUUAUUCGGCACAUCAUUGGCAUUCCUGUGACCUUCGUACAAGCAGGUGAAGUGACACUGUAUAAUUUAACUACUUUGCUCGAACAACCAACUAAUAUACAGACCAGUAUUAUUGCAAGAUAUCAAGGUGAUCGAGCCUAUGGAAGGUAUGGCGAUGUGGUUAAGUUUGUUGAUCUGGAUAGUGAUGGUAAAGAUGAGCUUAUUAUCGCUUCACCUCGACGUUCGAAAGAUAUAACAGAGGAAUUCUGUGGAGGAGAGGAAGGGGCAGUUUAUAUUUUCAAAGAACCAACUUUGAAAAGUAUUAAAAAUUGCUUUUUAAAGAGCGAUAGAAUGUGCCAACGAGACAAAGCUUGGAAAGUUUUUUAUGGAGAUGAGCCCCAUGCUAUGUUUGGUUCUGCUGUUGAAGUCAUAACAGAUGAAGCACAUGGUUCAACACUUGUCAUUUCUGCUCCUAAAAGUUCACACGGUUCGUUUCAAGGUGGUUCAGUUUACACAUUUGACAUCAACGAAUAAGAUGCAGCUUGUGAGUAAGAAUGCAACCACUUUAAUUUUUUUUUAAUCAUAAAACAACGCAAGGUAAGUCUACUAUUUUUUUGUUUAUUUGUUUGUUUGUUUAUUUUUAUUUUAUUUUUUUUUUGAGAACACGCUAUAUAUUUUAUAACAAAUUACAAAUUUUUUUGUUUCGCUGUUGCAAUUUUUUUACACGUUUUUAGAAAACGUAAAUGUUAAUAUAAAUAUUUGUUUAAAUACGGAGCAUAUAUAUAUACUAUCACAAAACGACCUUUUUCUUUUACUAGUCAAAGGAAAAAAAUCUGAGUCUGUAUUUUUGCAAAAUUUUGGAUUGCUGUCAAGAAUGUGUUUGCGUGGAAUUGGAUGCUAUUAAGGAUACCUGAAACACUUAAAUCCAUAUUUUUACCAAAUUUAUCUGGCUUUUAAAAAAUAUAUACUUUUAUAUUCAUUUUUUUUCGCAUUUCGAAAAUGCAAACAGUCUUCUUAACACUGGUAAGAAGUGUUUCGUGUAUCCUUAAACUGUCAAAUUUGGCGCGUCAACAUAAGCGAUUUGAGAAGGGCGUAACAUAAUGCUUCUGAUAAACACUUAGGGCGUUUAUUAAAUUUUGCGAUUUUUAAUGAUGAUUUCUAUGUGAAAAUUGACGGGUUGGGGCGUUUAUUAAAAACAAUCGUUAAAGGAGGAGGCGUUAAAUCAAGGUUGGCGUUUAAAAUUCUGAGCGUAAUUCUUUUUUAUGUAAGUUUAUGUAACUAUGAAGAAUUUUUUGUAAUUUUUUUAUGUAUAUAAAAAUUAUCACCGAUUAAAUAAUGGAAUAUACUAUUUCAAUUAUGAAAUGAAUGUUGUAAAUAUUUUUGAAAACAUACCGUAAAUAACGGAUUAAGCGCCUGGGGCGCUUAUUUAAAAAUUUCAUCUUGACAGGGGGCGCUUAUUGGACAGGGGCGGUUAAUUCAGCAGGGGCGCUUAUUAAUUUUUUUUUCAGAAAUACAAAUUUUUUAAACUUUAUUCUCAUAACUUUUAUGAAAAUAAAGAGGGGGGGGGACUUGUUAGAGCAGGGGCGCUAAUUGACCACGGAGCGCUAAAUCUGUCAUUUACGGUAUUCUCAGUAUAAUAUUCACGUUGUAAAUUAAUGUUGAUAUGUAAAAUUAGCGUAAAAAUAUCCCUCAAUUUUUAUCACUGAUUUUUUGUAAUCUUCUUCAAAUCUGCAAAGCGUAAAGCUUAAGGCUUACCUCCCGCUAAGAAACCUUGUUGGACCCUUUUUUUUUUUAAUUUUUCAAAAAAAUAAAAAGAUUUUUAUACCACUACUUAAGUUCUUUCAUAUGAAAUCAACUUGUUCUUUUUCGGAAGGUAAGUUUUUAAGAUUUCCUGGAAGACAUGUUGCAGCUUAAUUCUGUGAAGGUAGUAUUACACACUGAAGAGAACUUGAAACAUAACGAACCAUUACAGUUUUGGGUAGGAGGAGGGAGGAAAGCAGGAAGGAAGUGAUAGAGGGAUCGGUUGGUCCCAACGUGUAGUAGGUCUUGCAACAUGUACUGUUUAGACCAUCUAAAAAUGUUGCAAUUUGUGUAUUAUAAAAUAUAAUUGUUGCUUUUGGUAUUCAAAAGAAUUGUUCUUUCACAAUUAUUUGGAAUAUCCCCUCCCCCCUUUUAUACCCCCGGUUGCUACAGGAUUUGCUUACUGUGCUGUCGCAAUGAUAAUAAGGCAAUGAUACUACUAACUACUUAUUGUUGAUUCAGUUUGAUAAAUUUUGGCUAAUAUUAGUCCCGCUGUGAGAUUAGCGUCUCAACCGCAGAACAAAAUGCGGGUUUAGUAGAGACGUGGGAGUGUGUUAGGCGCAAUUCCCAUGUCACAUAGGCAGACUUAGAGAGUGAAAGAUUCGAGAAGCGGAAAAAAUAAAGAAGAUACGGUAUUUUGGCCAGAACUAAGGCUUCGUAUUUAAAACAUACUACUUUUAUAUUUCUUAUAUGUAUAAUAAUCUUAAUUUUGGUCAUAAUUUUAGAUAAAGGGAACGUGGAAGGCCUCUUGGUGUGAGAUUUGGUAAUUUUUUUGCCUAGCUUAACCUAUUUACUUAGGUGAUCUGUUAGUUCAGUAUUUUACGGGGUGCCUUUUUAACAAAAAAUGACUGUGUGGCUACCAUGCUGUCAAGUCACAGUGAAGUUAUAUUUAAGACCAAUUAUUAGGUGAUUUGUUUAUUUAUCUCUUCACAACACUUUGUUUUUCUGUCUAUUUGUGCGGAUAUAUUAACUUUAAUUUAAUGAUGUGAGAAAAAUUUGUUUGUGUUGACUUUUAAUUGUUACGCAAGUUACGUAAUAUUGUCUUUUUUAGUUUUUAAAAUGCUGGUUUACCAUUCUAUUCCUUUGCAGACCUCUAAAGCUUGUUCUCCACCUAAUUGGUGAGAAUUUUCACACCAGUUACGUCAUUUAUUCCUACUAAGAACCCAUCGUAUCCAUUCCUACCCUAUUGACAAGGAUUAAAUGAAAUAACAUCACGUUGUCUACUGUGUGUAGCGAGUUGGGUGCAAAACUAGCUGGUAAUUUUUGGUUUUAUUAAAAAUCUGACAUUAUGUGCUGUAACAACGAUAGUGUAGUGGUAGGGAAUUAAACUUUCAAUCACGAGGUCGCCGGUUCGAAUCUCACUCCAAGUUCUAUAAAUGUAGUAUGUCGUUAAAGACCCACCCCCUAAUUGUAAAACUUCCUAGAAUUUGGUAACCCCUGUCAUUCUUCUAUUUUACCUAUGUUCUCGAAUAGACUAGCAUUGCUGGCUUUCUAAUUCGUUCAAUUGUUUUAAUUGGGUGGACAAAACUUCAUUAGCAUACUAAAAUUAUUGAUAGGGGUGUUUCACUUCCUGUUAUUUAAUGAAAUUAUUAUUCUUGUUAUUAAACUAAUUUCCAAUACAUUAACAUAUUAUUAUGAAUAAAUCCCUUUUUUGCACCGGUUUCUCUGUCUGCGGAGUUAAAAGAAACAAAAGAAAAGGGUAAACGAGGUACAUGUUGGAAAACGUACCUUUUUUAUAUUAAAAUUUUUUAAUAAAAAUAAUUUUAAAAAGCACGAAGUUUAUCUCUAAGCACUGCUAACUGAUAAAUUAUUGAAAAAUUUUUUUAAAAAAAGCAAACUUUUAGAUUGACGAGACUCUUUCUGAAAAGCAUAUAACAUAAAACUUUUCGCAAAAUCUAGAAAACCAUCCCAGGUUAAACUUAGUAUAUCUCUUAAUGAAAAAAAAUGACAUGCCCAGCGAUAACAUAGAAGCUGAGGGCAUUGCUAAUUACAAAAUGUUUUUUGGUUUUUGAUAUAAAAUUUCUGUGUGAUCAAUUUAUGAUCCGGUACAAUCGAAGCACAUACGAACCAUGCCGAAUUAAUAGCCUUUUGAAACAUAACGUCAAUCACUUAAUAAUAUGAAAUGUACAGAAUACGAAAGAAGCUAUCCGAUACGAGACGUAUCACUUUUGAAAGCAGCCCGGUCCAGUAGCUAUCCGAUACGUAUAUUGAUUCGGCACAAUUCGUCCCAAUAGAAACAGAGGCCUAUCCGUAAAUUGAUUCGGUACGAAACCAUCCGUUAGUGGAAACAUGGUCUAUGAUAUUUAAAACCUAUCCUACGAUGCUUAUGUUAUAGAUGUUUUCGCUCUUCUUCAGUGUACGCGUACCUUUGUGUACGUAGGGUUUCGUUUUUUAAUUUAUUGUUAUCAAUCAUAGCUCUGUUUACUAGAAACUGCAUACAGUCUUGUUUUUUUACUGGGUGUGAAAUAAUAAGAUCGUCUGUAUACUCGCACCAUCGGUUCCACAUGUGGAAGCCCUUCUCGCGAUCGGCUGGUACACCUGCCUUGUGUACAAGGUGCCCUAUAUAAGCAUCGUCUAUUUUUAGUGGCUUUUCCCAAUCGAAAUAAGGAAUUAUUUUAUUCACUGUACCGUAUGAUAUUAAAAAGGCACCGCCCGAGCAAUAAGGAUCGAAGUAAUCGUUCGCAUGUUCCUCUGCAGUUAGCCCGUAUCGGCCUUUUCUCAUGACGGGUUGUUUGCCCAUGACUUGCCCGAAGUAUCCCUUGUCGUUGUUGCGAUCUAAAGAGACCAUUAAUCGAUCGAUUUGAAUGAAAAUAUCAUCGUCGCAUUUUAGUAUGAAGUCGUAGUUAAAGUUAGUAUGCGUCCAUUGUAAACCGAUCAUAACUUUCAUGGAGAGCUUAUAAAAACUUUCGACUACAUCUUCCAUAAUUAAAUCUUUGUAAAUCAUCGCUUCGUUGUGAAGUUUUUCUGCUAUUUUUUUGUCCUCGGUUCCACCCGUGACGAAUAUUACCCGCCACUUCUUAGUGGUCGCCCACAUUGAUGCGUUACCCCACUUGGCACGGAUUGCAUUUCUCCGCCAAUCGUGUGGAGCGUUCGACGACACGAGUAUGAUUACCCGGUAUUGUUCGCCGGUUUUUUCGAUAAAAUCUAACAAUAAGUGCGAAUUUAAUUUGCUCGCAUCGCCCUUCACAAUUUUUGGUAAAAGAGAAUUCAGUUUCUCUCGGUACGCCUUGUAAUCGACGUAAGACUGAUGAUUGGUGAUUGUGCGUUUAAUAUCGUUUAACUUGUCCAUGAUUUCUUCCAACGAAACGCCGGAUCCGGUGUAUUGCGCCGGAAUAAACUGUAUGUUCCGUCUCGUGGAAAAGUAUGAAGCAAUAAUGGUCAGUCCAAAGAGCACGCAUGGUGCUAACAACAAGACUUUUUUGUUCAUGAUUGUUCGGCUUGCUAAAAUAAAAAAUAUAAACAUUGAACUAAAACUGUAAAAUCAAAUAAACAAACAGCGAAGCAGCUACAGAAAAAUUUCAACAUCUGCUUCAGCAUUUUAUGUAGUAUCUGUGUUAUUUUAAAGCUAGAAUUUAAAAACUAUUUUUCUCAAUCGGAUAAUUCUUUGAUAACUAAAACUUGUAUUUUCAUCCCUGUGUCUCGAUAAACGACCCAUUUAUGUUAACUCGUCACGCCUCACAGAUUUUACAACUAUCUCCCAAAUAUAAACUUCCAAUUUACUCCAAAUGUGUAAAUAAUAAAAUGUCAUGUUUUUAAAAAGCUCUGUAAAAUGUUUGUUUAUACUGAAAACAUUAGCUAGCUUGUUAAAAACGUGCGUUAUUUUUGAUUCUUGAUAACAUUUAGUUUCGUUUCAGCCUAUAACUACACUGUUUAAAUAAAUAGUUCGCUAAUUACAUAAUAAAAAUUAUGCUAUACAAAAGCCGCGAUUAGGAUAUAAAAAACAGCAUGAGUGUAGACACAACAAAAUAAUGCCUUACAGGUAUACAAAUAAAGUUUAUUUCUUUCGAGCUUUUGUUUAUAGAGCGUGUCAAAGCGCAAUGAACUACCUAUUUCUGUUUUAACUUUUUGUUGAAAAUAGCAUAAAUCUAAGAAUUGUGAUUUUUUAAAUCCAUAUUUUCCAGAACCCUACAGUUUAGUGAUUUGGAAUUAACAAAAAAAAACGAUAGGGGAAUUUUUCUUUAUUUGUUUUAACAAAACCAGACUAUAUAGAGCAUACGUUUUCUUUUGUCAAUAGCAAGAAGUACUAAAAUGCUCCUUUCAAUUUUAAAAAUGACAAAUAAGAAAAAAAAAUUAAAAACAAUUUAAGGAUACGGUAACCCCCUGAGACACAUACUCAGUAUAUUUAAAAUAUCCCCUCUGCUCGCUAUAUUAACCCUAGCAAAUAUAUAUAUUCUGAAAGCCGAAUAAAUUAUCUCUAGAAUGAUGAUAAAAUAUUUUCAUAAAAAAAUUCCAAAAAGUAGAAAAAAAAAUUAUAUACAAAAAUUCACCCUUCUAGUUCAUUUUGUCGAACACUCCCCUCAGUAAAGUUUUUGUUCUUAAAAAAAAUACCAAACAACACGUGGUUCCAAAAAUAUAGCAUAUUUACAUAAUAUAGCAUAUUUUAUGACAGAUUUAUCUAUUUUUAAGCAUGAUAGAUCAAUAACUUGAUAUUUCCUCACUUUCUGCGUUAAAAAAAACAAAGUUUUAUAGCCAAAGAUAUAAUUGUCGCAACAAAAUUGUUUUCGUACAAUUUCGACAAGAUGGAGGGUAGUGUUCGACAAAAAUAUAUACCGUUACGACUGAAAAUUUUAUUUCGAGAAAAAGCAAAUCAAAGACCUUUGCUUUUACCUGCAAGAAUCAUGGUUACACCCACUUAAACGUUAUGAAUAAUUAAUUAGUCAUGAAUAUUUUAUUUAAAAUUAAAGGUAAAAGAUUUUCGCAGAACUUUGGGUCUAGUUAUUGUUCAGCACACAACAGGAUAACAUAACAUAACAGGAUCAAAACGUAAAAAAUAAAGAAAUAAAUUAAAAAGGUAUAGAUGAUAAAUAAUAAUAUAUAUGUAUAGAUUAUUAAAGUUUAAAUGUAUCCUAUGUUAUAUGUACGGAUGCAAUUUUUUAUUCGUUCUGCAUAACUCUCUUUAAUUAUUAUACAGAUUAAAUGUAUUAAAGGAAUUUUAAACUUUGAGCACACUAUUGAAAACACUAAAAGAUAAAAAAGAUUUUUCUUCAUUUUAUCCCUCUUAACAAUAAAUAUUUUUGAUUCUUUUUUAAAAAAUAUCAGGAAAUUAUGCCAAAGAAUCAAAAUUAAAAAAAUAUUUUUUUAAAAAAAAAUGGCCCUGAAGGGGUUACCGUAUCCUUAAGAACAAUUCGAGGCUUCAAAUUAAAAAAAGUUAAGAACAUUGAAGACUUAAUUCGAGUGUUUACAUAAAAAAACAACGCGGAAUUAUUUUAGGAUUUUAAUCAGAGAAUAAAUAAUGGUAAUUUCGCCAUUAAUUUUUUUCCGAUUUUUUUUAUCCCAAAUUAAUCUUAUUAUAUAAAAAAGAGAAAGAGAAAAUCGAAAAUUUUAAUUUUUACAAAUGAAGAGUCUUCAAGCAUAAGACGUUGUUUAUCCAAUCCUUUGGAAUUUUUUCUUUCCUAAAUUAUUCAAAAAAUUCUUGAACUUAUGAUGUCAUAAUUAAAGAUAAAAUCAUUCUUAAACAACACUCCACUUAUGUCAAGAUAUCACCAAACUUUUAAUCCUCUAUAACAUAAAAAAUAUCAUUUUCGAUGCAGGAAUCCCUGUCUUUGUUGGAAAGUUUCCAGAACUGUCAAAUUAAGAUGAAAAUCUAAGUAUCGGUUUUGUUUUGUUUUACUCUUAUCAUGGUGUAUCAUCAGAGAUGUGAAGCUGUUAAAACAAUUACCUUUUUUAAAACAUUCUGUAUGUUUUAGAUUUCGUAAAGUUCUCCAAAUGAAAAACAGGAAUCAUCUAUGUUUGAGAGCGAAAUAGGAGAAAGAAUUAAAAUAAACCACUGUCUUGCAGGUCAACGGUAUAAAUUUUUAAUCAGCAAAACGCGUUCUAAAAACAAACAAACUUUUAACUUCCCUUUUUUCCAAUUUAUGCUCAAACCACAGUGAAAAUACACCUUUUUGAAUGUUUACUUUUUUCGCGGUAAAACAACUGCAAUUGUCUAGUAGAGCGCGGGCCCUAAUUGGGUCUGCGUAGCUUUCUAGGACUCUCCAUCUAAGCCAUGUCCCCUCUUGGAAAUAAUAGACAGGGUAUAUCCCUUGAUAUUUGUGAGGCCAGUCAUGUAAACACUCGAAAAGAAAAAAUUCAACGCUUCGUAUUGAUCAAAAUCAAUUUUUGAAAUGAACUAUCGCUAAAAAAAAAAAAAAAAUACUUUUUUCUUUCUGCAGUGUCGUCUUAUAAAAUAAAUCUUCAGUUAAAAAUUCCAAUAAAACACGCGAAGGUAAGGUGUACCAUUCCAGACACUAACGCUGUCAUGUACAUUUGAAUAUUUAUAUCUACCUGUACUUCCAAAUUUUUUUCACUUUCUAAACUUCCUUGAACUAACACGAACAAACCUACAAACAAUUGUAAAAAGUUUCAAACAUAAAUGACGGUCAUUAAUGCUGUACGGCUAUUAUUUUUAAUUACUGUCUUUAUCUUUUCUGCAUAGAGUUCAAUGGCUACUAUAAUUGCAUAUAACGAUGAUCCAAUUUUUCAUGCACUCAGAUAUGUAUAAAUAUACAUAGAAAGAGAGAGAGGGUUAUUGUCUCUGACGUCUUUAAAUGUAAAAUGGUUAUUUCCUGAUGUUACGUAAUUUUUUAAAUAUUUUAGCAAUUCAAGCUGCAGAAAAUUUAUGUUGUACAUUUUUUUUAGUUUGUUUGUUUGUUUUUUGAAUAAGCAAGGAAUUUUUCGUUCGCCUGACUGAAGCAAAGAUGUCUAGUUUGCUAAACAGGCGCUUUAAUUUAAUUUAUAUGUGUGAUGUUGGAGAUAUGGACGUGCAAAAAUGAGAUGACACGUGGCGUGUUUUGAAUCUCUCGCGGGACUUCCCCCAAAGGCUGGCUUUAUUAUUAUUCCGAAUACUUAUACAGGAUAUAGCCACUUCAGUGUUGGAAACACUGUUGUUAUCAAUGUGGGCCCUAUGUUCUGAAUGUAUACAUUAUGUAUACCGGCAUCGCCUAUUCAAUUUUUCUCACAUGGCAUGGGUUGACCUGUAGCUGUGGUAAAGAAACUUGCUAAACAUGCCCGCGCUGUGGACCGAACCACGGACGUUGUGAUUACGAAACGAACUCUAUAACCACAAGGCCACACGCGCAAUGAACAAAAUGUACAUGCUAGACUUUGUUUACAUUUUAAACUAAGUGGGAAGUGAAGUUACAUAGAUGGUUUAUCUUUGCAAAGCUGUUAAUUCCAUAAACAUACAAAUAUUUCGUUUUGUUGAAGGUUGCCGCAACAAUAACUAACUUUUUCCAGGCAUCGACAAUAUUAUAAAACUUGCGAAUAGCACGCUGCAUUUUUUACUUCAUGUUAAAACUACAAAAUAAUCCUUUUAAAUAUACCUGCGAAUAUACUCAUCUUCAAAGCUGCGCGCUGAUAGGGUUACGGCAACCAGUGAAAGCCAAGAGGCUUAUUGAAUAUAUUAGUAGACUGGAUGAUAAUUUAGGAAGGCGUGGUUUAACCAGCGCACUUUUGUACUGCCCAUGACAACUUGAUGUAUGAAAAAAAUAUAAAAAUAUUCUAUUGCGUUUAAUAUGCCACUAUUAUUAAACGUAACGAAAGUAAUUUGAGAAUAUCUUAAAUGGACGUGUGUACAUUACCCUGGUGUGUUCAAUAAAAAUUUACGUACACCCCUUCUGUACCCCUGGACCUGUUACCCCAACAACCAACCAACCAACAAACAAGCAUGCAAACAAAUAAACAAAAUUAGUCAAGUUCAGCAGGAAAAUGUUUCAUAAAUUUAUAAGCGUAUCCUGGAGUCUUAUUAGCAGUGUCUCAUUUCUAAUAUUUUUAGAGAUCUCGCCUUCCAUGUUCUCCACCACACUGCCGAAAAAUAAAUUGACCUCCUCCACACUGUCGAAAAAUAAAUCAACUUCAUGUGUUGUUAGAUAUUUGUUUCAUUUUUAUUUUUAACAUUCAGUUUUAAAAUUUAGUCGUCUUUUGUGCUUUAUUUUAUAACAUCAGUUGCUUUCUCCAAUCAGCUGUUGGUAAUUUAUAGGGAGAAAAACCUUAUUUUUUAUUUUAUACGAUACUGUAUAUACAUAAAUAUAGUAUAUAGUGUAUAUAGUAUAUAGUAUAGUAUAUGAAGUAUAGUUUAUACUAUAUAUGAUAUAGUAUAUACCAUAUACUAUAUGUACUAUAUAAUAUAGUAUACUAUAGUAUACUAUACUAUACUAUACUAUACCAUAUACUAUAUAUAUACUAGCCAUGUUUGUAUAUAUAAAUAUUUUAAAAAAAACACAUUUUUUUAUUUAUAUAUAUUUUGGCUUCAAGCCUUUAUUAGUAAUACAAAAACAGGUUUGAAGCCAAAAUAUAUAUAAACCAAAAAAAGUUUCUUUUAAAUAUAUAUAUAUAUAUAUUAGUCGAGCACUGUUUUGAGGAUAGCAUUACGCAUCUGUAUUGAAUAUAUAUAUAUAUUAUAAAUACUGUGUAUACUAUAAACCUUAUUUAUCAUGUAGAGUUAUAGGAGGGAUAAAUAAUUGUAUUGGAAGCUAAUUUAAUGUUGAUGAUAUGAAUAAUUUUUUUUAACGUUAAAGUUCUCUAAUAUAAAAAUUAAAAUAAAACCUGAUUACAAUUAGAAACCUGCAUAAUAAGAAAAAAUUUAAUGAGUGUAAGAUAUUACUUCAGGUUCAGUCAACAUUCUGUUUUUUCUACAACAUAUAAAGUAUUAUGUUCUAAUGACAACUUCUUUGCACUUGCGUACUACCCUUUUAGCGUCCAGGUUUCUUUUUGUUAAAAACAUUUCAAAUAUUUUUAUUGAAGUUCCUGCGAAACUAAUGGAAGAAAUCUCAAGGAGUAUCAAGUUGAAUCAGUGGGGUACUUCACUUUUGAGAUCCUUUUAUUUUCUCAUUUGUACACAUUAACUGACUUAAGUCUUAUGGUACAACGUUUGCUUCCAGUGUGAGAGGUCUUGGGUUCAAACACUGUUUCAGUUAGUCAGAGACUAUAAAAGUGAGAAUCUAUCCUUUCUGCUUAGCGCUCAGUAUGGAAAUAGGAUUGAUAUCAUAGGCGGUUUUCCAGUUAAGCGAUUGCUGUGUUAGCAUUACUUUCUUAGCCUAAAUAGGGGCUUUAAAUGCACUAGGACCCUUUUCAAAGGACCCUCGUUGAGAGCAGUACCAUAUAUAAUUUCAAUAAUAAUAAUAAUAAUAAUAUUAAUAAUAAUAGUAAUGUGACUUCAACAGGUCAAUAACAACAUCAGCAGCAACAAUAAAAACAACAGCAACAACAACAACAAUAAUAAUAAAAAUGAUAAUAUUAAUAAUAAUAAUAAUUUUGCAUUAAGAACCUAUGUGUUAUUAUCAUAUAACAGAUAUCUUCAAGUUCAACUCCCAUAUUCUUUCAUGUAAAAAUUCUAUAUUAUACAAUACAUGAGGCUGCAAGCAAAAAAACUUGAAAUAAUAAAUAAUUUAAUUUUUCCAUGUUUUGUUGUGGUACAGUACUGCAGCUGUGAUUUUUUUUUCUUAGUUUAUCUUAUAGCUAUUUUAAAAAGUUGUCCACAAACUAACGUUUUUGGAAUGUGUGGUGCUAGUGGAAUUGAUGAAAAUGGCUUGAAACCAUUGGAAGAACUUAAAAUACGUCCGUGUUGUCAGGACUUGUACAGACUAGGUGAUUGGGUAAAAAACCUUAAAAAAAAAUUAUUUAACCCUUUUUUUUAACUUUAUUUUUAUUUAUGUUUUCCUGGUAUUUUUUUUACUGGAACAGUUUUUGCUGUAGGUUAGAGUGUAUUUAAGAUAAUGUAAUAUAUAAUAAUAAUAAAGAAAUUGAGCAAAAUAACUAUUUUCUUCAUUGUGCACUUGUAAUGUUUUUUUGUAAUUGCGAAUUGAUUGAACUUUCACAGAAUUAUAUUUUUGUGAUAGUGAUGAAAAGCUGUGGAAAAUUUAUCCAAUAUUCAUUUUACGUCCAUAAGAUAUAGCUUUUUGAUUUAUUAAGUUUUUAAAAAUAUUAAUAACAUAAAUAAUAAAUGAACUAGUAAGAAAAUAACAAAGAAUUAAAUUAAGUACAAAGAGAAAUAAAAAAGAAUAAGAAUGAGUAAACCUACCUGGCCAAAACAUUUUAUAUAUUCAAAAGAGAACUUUUAGGUCCAAUUUAGGGCGUUAUAUUUUUUUCUCUCUUUAAUCUCGAUAUAUUUUAAUCUUACAAACUUUUAAGACAAUUAUUUACUAUGUUAUGCUGAAGAUGUGUAUAUUUUUUUGUUUCAAAGAAGAAAAUGAGUUCUAAAAAUAAUGUUUUUACAUAUGUAAAAAAUUAAAAGCAAGUCAGUUUUGCAAAUAUUUUUUUCUUUCUUAAAAAUAAAUUUUUUCUGAAAAGCUGCUAGCUGUACUAUGUUUGUUAUGGCGGUAAAACUCAAUGUCUUGUUUAUCAUCUAUUGUAAUGCUUGUAAUUCAAAUGUCUUCUUUUGUAUUUUUAUUUCUACGAAUAAUGUUUUUCAAUUAUAGGAACUGAUUUAACUCAAUAAGGAGGGGGUUGUUUGAGAGUGGUAUAGAAUUGAUGCUUUUA